CGCCUUCGUUCUGCCCCUGCACAUUAUUAUAAACUGAACAACAGGCUCCAUCUGUGAGGAGACUGCUGCGGCUCAGAGGGCUGCUGGCCCUUUAAGACUUUUCCGGUCAACAGAAGGAUUUUAUUUUACGAUGAGCGGGACCCCUGACGACACCAAGCCUGUGAACUUCACUGUCAAAGCUCCGGUCUACCUGCAGAUUGGAGAUGCCAAAGCAGACACGGCUCACUCCGGUGUCUGUGUCGUCGACGUCAACCUCCCGUUUGGAAAGCCUGUUAAUAUCGAGGAGGUCACCUUUAAGAACUACUACACAGCCUACGUGACGGUGCGCCUGCUGAGGAGGAACCCCGAGCAGGAGGCCCCCGCCAAGUGGUGCACGGCCGUGAGAGACCUGCCCCUGAUGGACAACCCCCACACUGAGGGGGGCUCCCAGGACUACUACACCAUUCACCGGACGCAGAUGCAGGUGGAGCCGGAUCACGUGGUGUGUGCGCGGCUGAUCCUGAGGCAGCCGUCCUUGGCCUGGUUAACCUUCAGCCUUGAAGACAUUCAAAUAUUUCCUCACACGGAGCCGGACCCAGAGAAGGAGGUUUCUGAUUGGCUGUCUGACCUGACCCUCACUGACCAGCACCCCGAUCUGGAGGGCCUCCCUGACCCACAGACCGUAUCCUCCAGCAUCCAGCAGAUGUGGGCUCUGACUGAGGUGAUGCAGACCAAUCAGACGACAGCAUCCAUCGGACGGUUCGAUGUGAGUGAAACACACAGUCAGCCUCAUCUGUCCUGUAACGAGUGUGUUCAUGAUGGAGGUGAUGUAAUAACAUUUGGCCGUUAG